ACUUGUCGUCCUCUAAUUUCGCCCUCCAAUUUCGUUUCGCAAAUCAUUACUCAAAUAUGUACCCAUUACCAUUGAUGGAGAGUAUUCCUUGUGAUCCACUCUCAAUUUUCCCACUUGGCCUCUUCAAUAUUUCUUCUAUCUUCCUCUUCCUACUAAAAAAAAAAAAAGGCUAUGCAUGAUAUAACCUCAGAAAUUCUAGUAUCAGAAAAUUUUAGUGGUGCUCUUCUAAUGUCCUUACUAGAAGAACCUAACUCUGAUGAAUUCUAUGACGAUGAAGAAUUGAACAAGUUGAUGCAAUCUCUACAAGCAGAGAUUAAUGUGAACGAAAUGGCUGAGUCAAGCCAUGGUUUAACGUCCAUGGAGCAUGCACAAACAACAGCGAGUGAUCAGAGGAAGGAGGAUGAAGUAUUAAUGGCGGAUUUUGAGUGCUUUGGAUGGACUCUGGACGAUGAUAUGAAGCAAGGUCCAUCUUUGCCAAACGAUGAUAUGAAUUGGUACAUGGAGGAUCAAAUAGAGGAGAUGGAUUGCAUGGUAGAAUUUAGAGAGGAUUGCUCUGAUCAAACUUAUUAUUUUGUGGGGUUACCUUAAAGGAGCUUGAAUAUAGCAGUUUUCUAUGGCUGCAAGAAACUUAUGAUAUGGUCAUGUGUAUUUAAUUACUCAAUAUAUUUCAGAAUAAUAUAUUUUUAAAAUUUGU